AUGACGUCAUAAAGAGUCCACAGUACUUCUCUAAAGGCACGCGCUGGAGGUGACGUCAUAUCCCCUGAACGCUCGGUUGGAACCCUCGAUCUCAACAUGUCCUUCACAGCACCUUCAAACCUGGUGUUGACGCCAGCUCCUGAAUGUCGGAAGCUUUCCAGAGGAAUUUCUCGCGCGACGGAUAAUGAGGGCCUGGUAUGGGCCCUGCGGAACAACACUGAACCAGAGCCAAACACAUUGUCUUCGGACCACAUCCUGCUUCUUCCAGAUAUAUCAGUUUACCCACCAGACUUUAGAACAUUCUUAGAAAAGGAUCUACUUGAGACAGCCACCUUAGUGACAUUGGAAUCAGCCAACAUAUUAAAUUGGUGGAAACAAUAUGGCCGUGUGCCUGGAUCAGCUCGUCUGUUACCGUUGGCAACUUCAGGGGACGGAAAUUGUCUACCUCAUGCUGCAUCACUAGCUGCUUACGGGUUCCAUGAUAGACUGUUAGCCUUAAGAACGAAGGUACAGGCGUUACUGUCUGGAGAAGGAGGCGAGGUUUUAACAAACGCGAUAAAGCGACGCUGGCGCUGGUCGGAGAGUAUAUCACUGCGUUCAGCGGGACUGACGCCGACAGAGGCGGAGUGGGAGCGGGAAUGGAGCGGGUGCGUGGUGGCUGCCUCGCCUGAGCCCGCUCGAGCGACGCCUCAGGCCGCGCCGCACUACUCCGCACUCGAGCACCUGCACGUGUUUGCGCUCGCACACGUCAUGCGCAGACCGGUCAUCGUCUUCGCUGAUGUCGCUCUCAGAGAUUUCCGAGGUGACCCGAUAGCACCGAUCCCGUUCGGCGGCAUAUAUCUCCCGCUAGAACUGCCUCCAGAUCAAUGCAGUAAAACUCCUAUACUCCUAGCGUAUGAUGCUGGACAUUUUUCCGCACUGGUGCCUUGCGAACCGUUACCCACAGACGGUGCAAGAGUGCCGUUAGAAGACCACGCUGGCAACCCUAUGCCGAUCAGAUUCAACGUGGAUCCAGGCGAAGACUUCCGUUGGGAUGUAGAGCCAGACCAGAAGACAAUUAAUAAUCUCCUACCAGAUGAAUAUCAGCGAUCCUCAAUGUUAGCCGCUUAUUUAGAUCUGGAAAGAGUCGAUUCAGUAAUACACACACAACCUCCCGAAGAACUCCGAAGAUCUCUCGACGCAUUAUCGACCAAAAGUUCAAAGCAGAUGAACUCUGUGGCUAAACAAUUCGGUAGCAUCGGCAGGUCUAUGAGUAGCAAAAUUAAGAAGAACUUCGGGUCAAUGGCCAAGUUGACCGGAAAGAGUGGCAGCCAUAGUAAUCCUGAAGAAACUUUGACGCGAAAUCCAUCUACUUGUGAGGUGCUGUGUUGCAGGGUACUCGCUGCCCGAGCGCCAGUACAAGAGGAGAUGGUGAAGAAUUAUUUGAACGAGGCUUGGAUAGGCUACACCGCCGAGAAAAAUCGCAAAGAGCCGGUCCAGCCGAGCCAGCCGCGGUACGGCACGGGCCGCUCGCAGUUCUACGCGGAGGCGGAGCGGACGGAGCGGACGGCGGGCGACAGCGCGCGCGGCGCCAGCAGCCCGCGGCAGACGGACCGCACGCUGUACCUCAGCAAGUCCACGUUCUACGACGACCGCCCCGCCGAGCCCAAGCCGUGCCGCGCGCCGCUGUGCAUGUACUACGGCAGCGCCGCCAACCACGACUACUGCAGCCGCUGCGCCCGCCUGCAGUGA